UACCAUCUUUGUGAAGGCCAGCUGCUACAGAAGCCAACGAAAAACCCUCUCACCAUAUACAGUCAAGGCAGCGUUGUCGCUUCAGGGAGACAUACUUGGCGGCCUUUGUGAGUGCGCUGCUGGCAAGCACGCAUGUAACCAUUUGCAAGCUGUGCUGAAGUUAGUGGCAUUACUUCAAGUUAAAGGAUACAAUGAAGCGCCAGAGCAUCUCUCAUCGACAGAUUUGCCGCAGCAGUGGAGAGUGCCAAGGACCAAUCCGCUUCGCGGAACAAGUCUGCAGCAGGUAGACUGGCGGAGAGUAGGGGAGGGCGGGCAAGAUUUGCCCCGCACCUCUCGCCUCUAUAAAGGCAUUGCUGCUAACGAAGACCCGAAGCAACAGGAGGAAGACAUAAAGGCCUUUGCCGAUGCACUGAAAGAAAUUAAUGGUAUGCAGGAGUUCGCCAGCUUCCUCGACGCUGCAGACAGCUCAGACGUCACUGAAACAAAAUUUGGGACACGUUUAAAGGGCUGCCUUCUCGACUACCAACAGUCUGUGGUUCCUCAUGGAUUUGCAGUCUUCAUAUCCAAAGAGCUAGAAGUGCCUCGGCCGCAAAUAUGGGCAAGUGCGGAGCUGUUUACGGGCGCUUUCACUGUUCCACAAUGGAAAAUACCCGACACGUUUGAUGGAGCAUCUGCAGCAUUUCUUAAGAGUAUAUGCAUCACCCCAGCGGAGGCGCAGGACCUAGAAAGGACGUCUAGGAGGCAACGAAACAGCCUAACAUGGCAUCAAGGACGCCUUCACCGCCUUACUGCAUCCAACUUCGGUUUGGUCCUGAACCGGAAGAAGUGGACAAAGAAAGGCUUGAUUAACCUGACGACUCCGAAGGACCUGUCACGCGUUCAGCCCGUCAGGUACGGCAUAGCCAACGAGAAAGACGCCCUCCUGAGGUACAAGGAUACCUUGACAACUGCGGGACAUCCUGUUGAAGUAUUCAACUGUGGCCUUUUUGUCGACCCGUCCAGGCCAUGGCUUGGAGCAUCGCCUGACGCCCUAACCUUUGACCCUUGUGAACCUUUUCCAUGGGGUACAGUAGAGGUGAAAUGCCCAUACUCCCUCAGACAUGCCACGAGAGAGGUUCUCCUUUCAGAAGACUUCUUCGUUGCAUUUGAUGAAGAUUGCCAACCUGAACUGAAAGUUUCCCAUGAACACUACAAGCAGGUGAUUGGACAGAUGGGGAUAACUCGCACACAGUGGGCAGACUUCGUUGUCUUCGGACCGCACUUUAUUAUAGUGCAGCGCGUGCGUUUCGCCGAAAAAGAGUGGAACGACAUGGUUCAUGUGCUAGACAAUUUUUAUUUUGACACUCUGCUCCCAUUCUUCGUACAGCAGGUGAAAACAUGA